UACAUUUGUUACUUGAUGGACGGGAUGCUUUUAUUCUUUCUCUAUCAUCAGGUGAAAUAUCACUAUAUUAGAAGAUGGAAGUCACAAGUUCAGUAUUUAUCCUUCAUCUCGUUAUAUGCCAAAGGUGAAUCGGGAGAACCAUUGCGGUUGAAUUGCUGUCGACAAUCUGAUUUUGUUGACAUUUCCAGUUCUAGUGAUAGUGCCUGGGCACUUUGGAGAGCGCUUCCAUACAAAACUGACAUCUAUGAUGGUGAUGUUGACUUGGAGACAUAUCUUCCACAAACUAAAAAUAUAUUUUAUCUUGUGAACAAGAAGAAUGAUUGUGCUUUAGCUUUUGUUAAUGGGGUCCUGGAAGUUGUCAGCAAUCCUGGACACCCGUUUAAGUUUAAAGUAUUUCAUGAUCCUUCUCCAUAUGUUGGCAAUGUUUUUUUGGAUGGCAUUCUAGAGAAGGAAUCUGGAAAAAUCAUGCUACAUGAUUCGUGUAUAAGUGAGGGAAAAGAUCUGAGUCAGCGAGGAAGUUCUUUUGGUGUAACUGUGUCAGUGGACAAGGUUUCUUUGACCAUCGUUCAUGAACUUUCGGACUCCAAGGAAAAGUAUCCCCUCCUCCAGGGUUCUAUUAGUACUACUGAAGUUGUUAUACAGAUAUCGAAUGCUAAAGUUCGGGUUAUGAGCAGGCUGGAGAUUUUGCUGUAUUACUUUGAUUCCCAGAAAAAUAUGUGGAGAGAACUCAUGCAUCCAUUAGAAAUUGAUGUUUUCUACCGUUAUAGAUUUCAGACCCAGGGAUCAGAAAAUAUUAUCCACUGGGUGCCUGGCCAUUUCUAUGCUAGAUUGAAAGAGUUGAGUAUGACAAUGACUGAGCUUUCUUUGGACAUUAUUCUCUUUGUCAUUGGGGAGUUGAAUCUGGCCGGUCCUUACUCUGUAAGGAUCUCAACAAUUUUGGCCAAUUGCUGCAAGGUUGAAAACCAGUCAGGCUUAUCCCUUAUUUGUCAGUUCUACGAUAAUCAAGAUGUAUCAGUUGCAGGAAGACACUCCACUACCAUUUUCUUGAGGCACUUGGCUUUGGCAAAUCGACCUCCGGAAGCGUCAUUCUUCUCUAUCCAGCUUACGGAGAGAGGAUUUCUCUCUACUUCUCCACUUCAUCUUUCACUCUUGGAAACCCAGUCAUUUGCGUGGAGACCACGUAUAGUAUCUCUACAAGAGUCAAAAACUUUCCCUGGUCCAUUUCUUGUGGCUGAAGUUUCACCCAGGACUGAGGAUUGCUUGACAAUCGUCGUCUCUCCAUUACUAAAGAUACACAAUGAUACUGAUUUCUCAAUGGAGCUGCGUUUUCAACGCCCUCAGCAUAAGGAAGCUGAUUAUGCUUCUGUGAUGCUUAAGGCCGGGGACACAAUUGACGAUUCUAUGGCAGCCUUUGGUGCCAUAAAUCUCUCUGGUGAACGAAAGAAGACACUAAAUUCUUUGAGUGUUGGUAAUUUCCUAUUUUCUUUUAGACCUGAAGUUACAGAUGACUUAACACAUUUUGAGAAUCCAUCAGCUUGCUGGUCGGAUGAUCUUAGAGGUGGAAAGCCUGUUCGACUAUCUGGGAUAUUUGAUAAACUUACUUACCAAGUGCGGAAAGCAUUUUCCUUUCAAUCAAUGAAAUAUUCCUUAAGUACAGCACAUUGUGAUAUUAAGUCAAAGGAUGGACGUGUAGCAAAGAUUCAUUUUCUGAUUGAAAGCACUGGGAAGGAUGUACCUAUCAUACAUCCAGAUAACUUUGGGUAUGCGCGUGUAGAUAAAAGUUCGCCAGUUGCCUUGCAAGAGCAGAAAGAAAUCUUUCUGCUGCCUACUGUUCACUUCUCCAACUUCUUAGAUAUGGAGAUUCAUGUGAGACUCAGUGAUACAGGUUUGCCAUCUACUAAUGGUGUUGACUGCAUAUGCAAUGAGGCAACUAUUCCCUCUGCGUCGUCUGUAAACUUAUAUGCAAGUCCUGCUGCUAUUUAUUUUAUUGUUACUUUAACUUCAUUUGGUACAAGCUGCAAACCAAUAAAUAGUAGCGACAGUGCUAAGCGGCUGCAGAAGCGCAAAACUAAAGUUCAGUUUUUGGAUAUCGAAUUAGAUUUUGGCAAUGGCAAGUAUUUUGCAUUGCUUAGAUUAUCUCGUGGACAGAGAGGGAUAUUGGAGGCUGCUGUCUUUACUUCUUACACCUUGGAGAAUAAUACCGAAUUUUCUUUGUUCUAUUUUCCUGCAAAUCACAAGCUUGUUUCUAGGCAUGAGGUGGAAAAUAUUGCUUCUGCGGUGCCUCCAGAAUUAGGAUCUUAUCUUCCUCCCGGAUCAACAAAAUCAUGGUUCAGCAAAUGCCACAAGGUGCACAUUACACUCUUGGAUGAGAGAGCCUCUAAAGCACCCUUGGACUUGGAUGCUUUAUCAGGCCUUACGGAGGUGAACCUUGAAGUGGAAGGAAAAUCUGGUUCCAAAACUGUUACAAAGUUAGGAGUCUCUUUGAAACCAUCUGUUAGCAAAGUAGUUCCACUGCAGGUUGUAUCAAUGUAUCCCAGAUACGUCAUACUAAAUGAGUCAGAUGAAGUCAUCACUGUCCGUCAAUGUUUUUUGGAGGAGGAUGGGACUGACACAACUGUUACACUCAACAGUAAGCAGAGAGCAGCAUUAACUUUGAGGAGUGGAAAUGGGAUGACAACAAUUAAAAGACGCACCUUCUUUGAGAAUUUUCUCAAAAAGCAUGCAAAAUCCCAAAAUGAUUCGUCAUUUUUUGUCCAAUUUCAACCCAAUAAGGCCAGUUUCUCCUGGUCUGGGCCAGUUUGUAUUGCUUCGCUUGGACGAUUUUUUCUUAAAUUCAAGAAGUCGACCGAGUAUUCUGUUCAACAAUCAGAUCCUGCAACUCAGCAUAACUCAUCCAUGUGUGAAUUCGCCACUGUUCAUGUGGUUGAAGAUGGUCCUACAAUUGUUUUACGCUUCUGUUGGCCAGCAAAUAUGGACCUGCCUUACCGGAUUGAAAACCGCUUGGAAAAUACUUCUAUUACAUAUUAUCAGAAGGAGGGUUUAACAGAGCCGGAGGUUUUGGCAUCUGGAAGUAGUGUUGGCUAUGUCUGGGAUGACCUGACACAUGCUCAUAAGCUUGUUGUCCAGAUUGACGCUGUACAUCUACUACGUGAAAUAAACUUGGAUAAAGUACGUGAAUGGAAACCAUUUUACAGGAUUAAGCAACAGAGAGGUCUAGGGUUUCACUUACCUCUGGAAAAGAAGACAGAAGAUUCAAAGAAAAAUGGAUAUGGGCAGUUAACUGCCAUGGAGAUCAUAAAGUUGGGUUAUGAAGUAUAUGCAGAGGGCUUGACUAGGGUUCUGAGAAUUUGUGAGUUUUCUGAUAGACGCAGAGGGGACACUUCAUUCCAUUCCUGCACAAAGAUGCGGCUAAGAAUCUCCUAUUUUGCAAUUCAAUUAUUGGAACGUGCAAAGCAAGUAA